AUGGUGUGUGACUUAGAAGUGGUGAUAUUCCGCUGCUCUGCUGGUAUUGCCCUUCCAGCUGUUAGAAUUAUCCCAGCUCUCUUCCCAAACUGCGGAUCUCUGAGAUGUGAGCUCUACAUACAGUUGGCCCAAUGCAAAGGCAGCCGUAUUGGAGUUUACCACAACCUUGCUGUUGUAGCAGAUAGCCCUUGGCAAGAGGUGGAACGAAACAGAGAGCAGACUUGCAUGCAGCAAGCUGGAAAUGGGCUAAUUCUAGCUGCUUGCUUCCCACAGGGCUCCUAUCCAAUCUGGGAGGACUUCAAUGCCAAGGCUGCUAAGCUUCACUCUCAGCUCAGGACCACUGUGCUUGCAGCAGCCGCAUUCUUGGACGCCUUUCAGAAAGUGGCAGACAUGGCGACAAACACACGAGGUGCCACUCGAGAGAUCGGCUCAGCUCUGACCCGAAUGUGCAUGAGACAUCGCAGCAUCGAAGCCAAGCUCCGACAUUUCACCAAUGCCCUGAUGGAGAGUCUGAUAAACCCUUUGCAGGAUAGGAUAGAGGACUGGAAGAAAUCAGCCAAUCAGCUGGAUAAGGACCACGCCAAAGAGUACAAGCGAGCGAGGCACGAGAUCAAAAAGAAAUCGUCUGACACGCUCAAGCUUCAGAAGAAAGCUCGGAAAGGUAAAGGUGACCUGAGGCCACAGGUGGAGAACGCAGUUCAGGAUGUGAAUGACAUGUACCUGUUACUGGAGGAGACCGAGAAGCAGGCCGUGCGGAAAGCCCUGAUCGAGGAGAGAGGCCGAUUCUGCACUUUCAUCACCUUCUUACAGCCUGUGGUGGACGGAGAGAUUGCAAUGCUGGGCGAGAUCACACACCUACAGGCAAUUGUUGAUGAUCUUAUUGUUCAGACUGCAGAACCUCACAAGCUGCCUCCAACCAGUGAGCAGGUGAUUAAGGAUCUGAAGGGGUCUGACUAUAGCUGGUCCUAUCAGACUCCUCCAUCUUCACCCAGCAGCUCCAGUUCCCGAAAAUCCAGCAUGUGCAGCAGUGUAAACAGUACAAACAGUAGCACUUCUCGCUCCAGUGGUUCCCAAACUCACUCACCAAGUUCAAACUAUCGCUACCGCAGCUUGGCCCAUCCUGCGAGUGCCAGCACCCGCCUUUCCAGUGUCUCCUCGCACGACUCUGGCUUCAUCUCCCAGGACGCCAUGUAUUCCAAACCGCCGUCACCUAUGCCAUCGGAUAUUACCAGCCAGAAGUCAUCAAGCUCCGCUUCCUCUGAGGCAUCGGAGACGUGUCAGUCAGUUAGCGAGUGUAGCUCACCUACCUCGGAUUGGUCAAAACCUGGUCCAUAUGACCAACCAACGGUGAACACUUUGCAGAGACGCAAGGAAGCAGUGGAACGCUAUCGGGAGGCAGAGACGGUCUCGGGCACUGUGGUCUAUGCGGGGAUUGGUGUGGAUGAGAUACAGAGGCCUCGCAUGACAGCAGCAUCAUUUGCUGCUAAGCAUGGGGAGGAAAUCUCUACAGCAGCCAGCGAUCUGGCCAUGGUGCUGACCCGCGGGCUCAGCCUUGAACACCAGAAGAGUAGCCGCGACUCUCUGCAGUACUCCAGCGGUUACAGCACCCAAACCACUACUCCAUCCUGCUCCGAAGACACCAUUCCUUCCCAAGUUUCAGAUUAUGAUUGCUACUCGGUGAACGGCGAUGUGGAGGCGGAGCACCAGAGCGAGUUUGACAGGUCGUCGACCAUCCCGCGGAACAGCGACAUCGCACAGAGUUACCGCAGAAUGUUCCAGACAAAGCGGCCGGCCUCGACGGCGGGGCUGCCCUCGGGCGGCAGCGCGCCAGCCGUUUCUGUCACCCCGGGGGUCGCCACCAUCCGGCGCACACCAUCCACCAAGCCGUCGGUGCGCCGGGCCCUGUCCAACGCGGGCCCCAUCCCCAUCCGGCCUCCCAUCGUGCCGGUGAAGACCCCCACGGUUCCUGACGGCCCGGGGCCGGUGAGGGUGGGCAGCGAGGAGUGCGUGUUCUUCGGCGGCGAAGACACCUCGCCGAGCGCCACGGAGUACGCCAAGUCGUCGCCCAAGCGGCUGAGCUUGCCGAACGCCGCAUGGGGGGGCGCCGCCGCCGCCGCCGCGGAGGUCUCCGUGUACCCGGGCGGCACCGUCGCCGUGCUCUCCAGCGAGGAGGAGCAGCAGCUGGCCGCCAACCGCCACAGCCUGGUCGAGAAGCUCGGCGAGCUGGUGGCCAGCGCCCAGGCUCUGGGUGACGGACAGUUCCCCUUCCCCGCGGUGCCAGACGCCGGCAGCCUGCCACCCUCUCCCGGCGAGGACAUGCUCACCGCCAUCCGCCGAGGGGUGAAGCUCCGGAGGACCGUCACCAAUGACAGGUCGGCGCCCAGGAUUUUGUGACGUUGUGGUGGCGGCCUAACUCUUGCGAGCGCCAUUUGAUCGAACACUUGAGUCAACCAGGUUGGUUUCCAACGCAGUGCCAUGAACUAAACCUUUUGAACCAAGCGACUGUGGUGUGGUGGAGUGAAGUAUUUUAAAUUAAGAUAUGGCAGAUUUUAAAAUGAGUGUACUAUCGUUAGUUCUAAAGAGCAAAUUUAACACUUUGUCCCUCACAGAUGUUCUAUCGGCCAUUUAACUGACUCACCUGUUUUGUGGCGUUUUCUUUUCAGCUUUUUGCGGUAUUUCGUGCGACAACAAAAAAAAAGAAAAAUUUUAACGUGCUGCGUGUUAGCUUCACUGAGGGUGGUUUGCGCUCGAGUCCUCAGUGUGUGUCUCUCUGACCUCCUCCCCCAGUCAGGUCCUGUCUCAGCCACAGCAACAGGGGUGGGGGAAUAAAAAAAAAGGGUCAGGUCCCCCAGAGCAACGAUGGAGGUCUCGAAGGGAAUUUAGAAGAGAUUUAGCUAAGGCGAGGGCAAGGUG